AUGGGUGUCUCCAGCCAAAGCAAGCCUAAACCUUACAUAUACACGCCAGGCCUUCCGCAACGCGCCCUCAUAGCAGUAUUCCAUGGAGUGAAUAAUAUCAUACCAUGGCAUAAGCUGCCUACCUGGAUCGGUGUCCUCAACGUCGCCGCCUUCCGCUACGAGCUACGCCAAAAGAACCUGCACGAUGUAUACCCCUCUCCUAAUGAUCAAGGUACUCUUGGAUGUCCACAUCUAUCUGAUGAGCAGUAUUUGCAUACUCGCCACUCAGAUGGUUUGUUCAACGAUCUCUCAGCACCAAAGAUGGGAUGUACAGGUAUGCGAUUCGGCCGCAAUGUACCUCGCGAACACACCGCAAAGCCAAGCGAGGAGGAACUCAUGACACCAAAUCCACGACUCAUCAGUGAGCAGCUACUGAAGAGGGACAACUUCAAACCUGCAACAAGUCUGAACUUGCUAGCUGCGGCGUGGAUCCAGUUCCAAGUCCACGACUGGUUUCAGCAUGAGAAUUCCGCCUCGGAAACGUACAAUGUCCCGCUUCCUGAGGGUGACAAGUGGAGUUCGCCAGACGGCAGGAUGAAGAUUGAACAGACCCAGCCAGAUGCCGCGUUAUAUAAAACGGACAAAACAGCUUCAGCAUACAGAAACGUCAACACACACUGGUGGGACGGCAGUCAAAUCUACGGCAGCACAGAACUCCGCACAACCGAACUACGCGGGCAGAGCAAAAACGGCAAACUCACUGUCGAUACCCAGAAGAUUGCUACCUUCCUCCCCCGCGACUCGAACGAAAUUCCUCAAACAGGCUUCAUGACAAACUGGUGGCUAGGUUUAGAAAUGCUACAUACACUCUUUGUCCUCGAGCACAACACCAUCUGCGACGCCCUUGUCACUGCCCAUCCUUCCUGGAGCAGUGAGCGCAUCUUCGACACGGCCCGCCUAGUCAACUGCGCAUUGAUGGCCAAGAUACACACGGUAGAAUGGACACCAGCCAUCCUCGCGCAUCCCGUACUUGAGAUAAGCAUGAACGCAAACUGGUGGGGCGUCUUAGGCGAGCGACUGUACAAGCUACUCGGCCGUGUAUCCGCCACUUCAGAAGCCAUUUCUGGAAUCCCAGGGUCGAGCGUAGAGCAUCAUGCUGCUCCGUAUGCGCUUACCGAGGAGUUUGUAAGCGUGUAUCGUAUGCAUGCCCUCAUACCUGACACGAUCGCUUUCUUCAGCUCCAGGACUGGGGAGCACAAGACCACACAUCCCAUUGGCGAUGUCGCCUUCGAGAAAGCCAGAGCGCCUUUGGAGAACGAUGCUUUGGAUUUCUCAGACGUGUUCUAUAGCUUCGGGGUCAACUACCCGGGUGCUAUCACGCUGAACAAUACACCAGACUUCCUACGCGAUUUACACACUCCGGAUGGCCGACACAUCGAUCUUUCUACCAUUGAUGUCCUCAGGGAUAGGGAGAGAGGGGUUCCGCGUUACAACGCUUUUCGUCGGCUUUUCCACUUGGCACCUAUGAAUUCUUUCCUCGAGCUCACAGGCGGCAACAAAGUUGUUGCAGAGAAGCUGGCGAUCAUAUACGAGGAUGAUAUUGAGAAGGUGGACUUACUGGUUGGUUGUCUUGCGGAGCCAUUACCGGCGGGCUUCGGAUUCAGCGAUACGGCGUUUCGGGUGUUUAUCCUCAUGGCGAGCAGGAGGUUAAAGAGUGAUCGAUUCAUUGCGGGCGAUUGGAAUGAAAAGACGUAUAGUAAGGUUGGCAUGCGGUGGGUACAGAAUGGGGGGAUGAAGGAUGUGUUGGGGAGACAUUUCCCAGAAUUGGAGAGCGUGCUGGCGAAGAGUGGAAAUCCUUUUGCGCCUUGGACAAUGAAAGACGCGAGUAAAAAGUAUGAGGGAAAAGAGACUAACGCGUAG